AUGCGAGUGGAAGACUGCUGGGUUGGUACGAGGAAGAGUCCGUUCGUCUUAGAAAUUGCACUCUAUGCCUUAUAUUGUCUAUUGUUAAUUCACAGCUGUACUGCCGAAUCUGCUCUGCUACACUCGCCUUCGUACGCCUCUUUCCUACGUGCAGCCUCAGUGGGAUGGCUGUCAAUUCGACAAGCAGGGGUUGAAGAGCUACUCGUCUCUUGUCAUAUUACUCUCUGUCAUAUUUGCGAUGAGAAUUGUCGCGAAUACACGCCACCUCGAUCAUGUCGGGAUUCAGCAGGUCGUAACUAUCAGCAAAUGUGGAAUGAAAGUUCGGCAGUUGAGCGGGCAUGUAACCCACCAGUAGAGACGACUACACUGAAGCUACUGAAAGCCAAUACAAUUGACUCCUUCUCUGCUACUGUAUUCAUUAUACUGUGUUUUUUCAAUCUUUAG